AAGAAUCACAUGAGUUCAGGGAAAUAGAAACUGAGGUGUAGUUGAUCUGUUGUGUGUUUGUGUCUCUGUAUUCAUGCAGUAAAAUGGCAGAAGCCAGAAUUUCAGUGGAUCAGAAUGAGUUCCUGUGUCCAGUGUGUCUGGAUCUCCUGAAGGAUCCAGUGACCACUUCCUGUGGACACAGUUACUGUAAGAUCUGUAUUACAGACUGCUGGGAUCAGGAGGAUCAGAAGAGAGUCUACAGCUGCCCUCAGUGCAGACAGACCUUCAGUCCAAGACCUGCUUUAGCUAAAAACACCAUGCUGGCUGAAGUGGUGGAGAAACUGAAGAAGACUAAACUUCCUGCUGACUGUUACGCUGGAGCUGGAGAUGUGCAGUGUGACGUCUGUACUGGAAGAAAACACAAAGCCGUCAAGUCCUGUCUGGUGUGUCUGGAGUCUUACUGUCAGACUCAUUUUGACCGUCAUGAGGAAUUUCACUCACGUAAGCCACAUAAAGUGACUGAAGCCACUGGACGACUGCAGGAGAUGAUCUGCCAGAAACACGACAAGAUCCUUGAGGUUUUCUGCCGCACUGAUCAGAAGUGUAUAUGUGUGCUGUGUACGAUGGAUGAACAUAAAAACCACAACACUGUAUCAGCUGCAGCACAGAGGACAGAGAAACAGAAACAGCUGAAGGAGACACAGAGGUCGUUCCAGCAGAGGAUCCAGCAGAGAGAGAAAGAUCUUCAGCAGCUGAGAGAGGCUGUGGAGUCUCAUAAGCGCUCUGCACAGACAGCAGUGGAGGACAAUGAGAGGAUCUUCACUGAGCUCUUCCGCUCCAUUGAGAGAAGCCGCUCUGAGGCCACACAGCGGAUCAGAGAUCAGGAAAAGACUGCAGUGAGUCGAGCUGAAGGACGACUGGAGCGACUGGAGCAGGAGAUCAAUGAUCUGAGGAGGAGAGACGCUGAGCUGGAGCAGCUUUCACACACACAGGAUCACAUCCAUUUCCUGCAGAGUUUCCAGUCUCUCUCAGCUCCUCCUGAAUCUACAGAUGUAAAUGACAAUCCCUUCAGUGUUCUCUCCUCUUUUGAUGGCGUGAGAAAAUCUGUCCAUCAGCUGAGAGACAAACUGGAGGCUUUCUGCAAAGAGGAGCUCAAGAAGAUCUCUGACAGAGUCACUUUCACCAACAUGUCACUUUCACCACCAACUGUUCCCAGGAGCAGGAAGGACUUCUUACAAUAUUCUCAUCAGCUAACUCUGGAUCUGAACACAGUGAAUAAACACCUCCAUCUGUCUGAGAGGAACAGAGUGAUUACUGUCAUUCUCACAGAGCAGCCGUAUCCUGAUCAUCCAGACAGAUUUGAUGGAUAUAAUCAGCAAGUGUUGUGUAGAGAGAGUGUGUGUAGACGCUGUUACUGGGAGAUUGAGUGGAGUGGUGACGUAUAUAUAUCAGUGUCAUAUAAGAGCAUCAGCAGGAAGGGAUCGGGUAAAGAGUGUGUGUUUGGAUCUAAUGAUCAGUCCUGGAGUUUGAUCUGCUCUUCCUCUAGAUAUGCAUUAAGACAAAAUCAGAUAGAGACUAAACUCCCAGUAAAGCCCAUCAGCCGUCGAAUAGGAGUGUAUGUGGAUCACAGUGCGGGAACUCUGUCUUUCCACAGCGUCUCUGGGGACACAAUGAGCCUCAUCCACACAGUCCACACCAAAUUCACCCAGACACUCUAUCCUGGGUUUAGGGUUUAUAAUGGAUCAUCAGUAAAACUGUGUUGAUGUCACAUGCAUGUUCUGCUUUUCCCUUUGUGUCUGCCUGAGUUCUAGGUUAUGAGUCAGUUAAUCAUUGCAACCAGCUGUGACAUUUAAUGAAUCAGAAUAGAUUUUAGAUCAGCGGUAUUCAAAUGGAGGGCCAUGGGACAUAAUUGCGGCAUUUUACCAUUUCUACAGAUACAAGUGAUCAGUGCGUCAAAACAACGGAGUAGUUUACACCACAAGUGUUCAGGGUCGUUUAUGAUCUUUCAACGCUACAUCCUCUUGUAUUUUUAUCUAGAGCUAAAUGCGCUUCAUUCAAGCCCUUUCCACUCUGUGCACGCUGCUUCUCUGUUCUCUAUCCCGCUAAACACAUUAAACACAUUAACAGCUGCAGAUGAUGUGGUUAUUUUAACAACCAGAGACAGUCCUGCCGCCAGCAGCUCUCAAUUGCCGAUGUCAUAAUUUCGCUCUGCAGGAGACAAACAAUGUGAGAAAUAAGCACUUGGAUGUAAUGUAUUAUCUUGAGUGGAUAUUUGAGAAAGAACUGCUACAACACCAACGUCUGAUACAUCAACCUCCACCACGAACUGCAGAGCAGAGUCAGGUGUAACAAAAAUUAGAGCAGAAGUAAACCUGCAUUUGAGUUCAUCAAAAGCACUCUGAGCUGCCACAGUCCAGACAAAUUUAGCCUUGGUGUGGAGGUCAAGGCAGGGGCCGCCACCUGACUGAAGUUCCUGAUGAAUCGCUGAUAUAAAUUGGCAAAACCCAGGAACUGUUGUAAACUCUUUCUGGAGUCAGGCACCUACCAGUUAGAGACGACCCUCGCCUACGCAGGGUCCAUGCGAAUCCCCUCCACCGAAAUAAUGGAACCCAAGAACGAGACCGAAUGGGCAUGGAAAGUACACUUCUCAGACAAACAACUGAUUCUCCUGCAGCCACUGGAGCACUCGUCUGAUGUACCGGAUGUGCACCAGGAAGGAGGGAGAGAAUUUUAAAAUAUAAUCCAGGUACACAAAAACUAAUUUAUUCAUCAUAUCUCUCGGCAUGUCAUUAAUGAUUGCUUGGAAGAUGGCUGGGGCAUUGAACAGGCUGAACAGUAAAACCAAAUAUUCAAAGUGCCCUGUGGGGAGGAUAAAGACCGUCUUCCACUUAACUCCCUCCUUAAUCCGAACAAGAUGGUAAGCAUUGCGCAGAUCCAACUUUGUGAAGAAUCUCGCCUCCUGCAAGAGUUAGAAGGCUGAAGACAUAAGAGGCAGGCGGUACCUGCUCUUAACUAUUAUGUCAUUCAGCCCCCAAUAAUCUAUACAGGGACACAAAGAGCCAUCCUUUUUCUUCACAAAGAAGAACCCUGCACCCACCAUGGAAUGUUCUGUAGGAUGUAAAGGUUCUAUUCGCCAGAAUUCCCAACUACUGACGAGUGCUGGCUUUUACUGGACAGGAUGCAGUCAGAUGACCAUGGCCACCACAAUAAAGACAGAGACCCUCAGACAA